GUGGUUCGGGUCCACACUCCUAAAUGUGAAGGCGAAAUGGAUAUUAAAAUUCAAAUCUAGGAAACUGACACGGCCGGUUGCAACGAUUCGCAUAUUAUGGUGACCCGUUGAGAAGCCGGAUUCGAUGAUGGUCUUUAAGAAAAUUUAGAAAUCAAAAACAUGGCAUAUUUUGGGGAGCCUGCAGGCGUGGUAUAAAACUCUGGCUCCGUUUGGCAACACAUUUCAGUGUCACGGUUAUCGCCCGCUAGUCCGGUUGGAUCAUCUCUCCGGGAUAAGUGUGCAAAAUUGCGAAAUGAAGAUUCUACUGACCCUACUGGCAGUUGCAGCCUGCACAGAGGCAACCUUUAGCCUAGGUUCACUGCUGGGCUUAUUACAACCUAGGCCAGCGCCAGCUCCAGUACAUCCUGGAUAUGCUUCAUAUUAUCGAUAUGCCGCAGCUCCAGUUGCUGUACAACCGGGAUAUGCUUCUUACUAUCGACAAGCUCCAGCACCAGCUCCCGCUCCUGUGCAUUCUGGAUAUGCCUCUUACUACCGGCAAGCUCCAGCCCCCAGGCCGGUUCAACCGGCUUAUGCCUCCUACUACCGACACGCUCCUGCACCGGCUCCAGUAGUCCGUCCAGCUCAGCCAGCACCAAUCAUACGAGUAGUUCAGCCAAUCGUGUACAUCCCUCGUCCGUCGCCUCCGGUUACCACGUACUACGAAGAGACUCCAGUCAUAACGAGCACUUUGACCGUGCGAGAACCCAAAACCGAGUUCAGCAUAGUGCCGUCGAACUCUUUCUCGUACACAAUCAACGAACCUGCUAAGCCAGCUCGACAAAAUGACUUCAGCAUUGUUCCGUCUCAAAGCUAUUCAAUCAGCUCGCCAAAAGCCCAUAGCGUUCAAAGUGGCUACGGCGUAGAUGUGGUGAAGUCCGAAGGUCACUCAUACUCAUUGCCUGCGGAGCACGUCACCAUCGAGCAGACCUUUUCCCCGGUUUCGGAUGUUUCGGUAGCCCCUGGAGGUAACAGUUUCAACAUCGAUGUUCGCAACCGAAACGGAGGACCAGCUGCUAUUCAAUCCUUGGCAGAUGAGACCAUCCAACAACUUCCUGUAGCAGAUGAAGCGCCCGCCUUUGCAUAUGAAUCAGAUACACUCGCUCAACCGAUCGUUGUCGAACCCGCGGUAGAGACACAUUCGGUAGCUGUGGCAGACUCCGAAGCUGCUGCACACGCCGAAGCAGCUGCACGCGCUGAAGCUGCUGCUAACGCACAGGCUGAAGCUGCUGCUAACGCACAGGCUGCAGCAAAUGCACAAGCCGCUGCAAAAGCACAGGCUGCUGCGAAUGCACAGGCCGCUGCAAAUGCGCAGGCUGCUGCAUAUGCGCAGGCUGCUGCAAAUGCGCAGGCUGCUGCAAAUGCGCAGGCCUCCGCAAAAGCGGAAGCUUCUACAAAAGCACAGGCUGCUCCUCAGACGAUAGCAGCUGUCACGCUUGACCACGAGCACAUCACCCAGCAAAUCCUGCAGGAGGCCAUUCCGAACAUAAUCCGCCAAGUGGCGCCCCACGUCAUUCAACAGGCUCUUCCUCUGGUCGUUGAUCGAGCCGUUCCGCACAUUGUUCACCAAGUCGGCUCAACUGUGUCCCACCAACAGCAAGCCGAACCCGUGCAGAUAGUGACGCCCUUCAAGCAGCACCAGCACCAACAGAAUCAGGACGAGAAGGUCGUCGUCAUGUACGCCACCUCUGUCCCACAAGGCCAGUUCGACGAAUCCGAGAACUUGGUCGUGCCCAUUGGCAAUCAGAGACAGCAAUACACUGCAGGUCAAAGUUCAGCAUCAGAACAAGCGCCAGGAAACGCCCAAGCCGAACCGAAGGUAGUCUUUGAAAAGGGCCUUGAGCUGGGACACCAGAUCCAGCAAGAGCACCGUGAUGUCGGCAACGUGAACCAGCAGAUCAUCAACAACUUCCAGCAGGAGAAUGCUGCUUAUCGGAAUGAAGUCGGCGGUGCUGCAGGAGCAUUUCCAAACGACCAUUUCCAACGACACAAUUUCCAUCCGCAGCGGCUGCAUCACCAUCAGUAGAGUAUAAGUGACGAUUUGUAACUAGGACCAAAAAUGUAUGAAACUUAGCUCGAAAUUAUGUUCGUUUCGACUAACCCUAAGUAGGAGGCAAGCAUUCAGCGUUAUACACAUAUAUAGCUAUAUAGAAUUGUAAAUGUACAGUACCCGCAACAAUAUGUAUGGAAUUCCGUGCCAUAGAGUGAGAAUAAAUUUUAAAAUUAUAAAUUAA